AUGUCAAUCCAAUUAAAUAAUCUAAAUCACAAUAUUGAUAUUGAAACUUCUGAAUUGGGUUAUUUUAUAGUGGCUGAAGGGUCUUAUCCACAUUAUUCUAUACUUUGUUAUACAUUAAUUCCUAAAGAAUAUCCAAUUCCUGAUAACUAUUCCAUAAAAACUACAUAG